UUGACCGACUGCGAGAAACGGUUGAAUCAUCGAAUGUGCGAGUCAAGAGUGAAUUCUAGUUUGCGUUCAAAUCUACUCGCGGUGUGCCUACAGCAAAGAAUUCAUAAAACUAGGUGGUAAUAGAUCGAAACAAUCGCAAAAUAGCCGGGUUCUAAUUAGAUUAGAUUGCAUCUAGUGCUGCGCAUCCUAACAAGCUUGUUUAAACAAAAGAUAGUGAACGGAUUGUGUGUUGAACCCGACUAAUUGGCGCAGAUCAUAGAAAAGUUACUAGAAACUGCUGCAGAUCAUCGUCGACUUAGAACCUGUCAUUAUUAUUACAUACUAGCAGCAACUUGUAAAAGGCUGAAUACUUGAACCGGGAAGCCGACUGUGACGAUAAAUCUGCUGUGUUGUGCUAGUUACUACAUGUAAUGGAGAUAGAGUUUUGUAACCAGAUGACCUCGUCUAGCUGAAUUCGGUGUGUAAAAUUAUUCCUGGUGGGGACGUGCGUGCUGAGUUAGGAAACAGUUUCGUUAGUUCAAUUUUGAUUUGCACACAGGCCAGUCAACUAGUUUUCAGUGAGUUAAUGGUAACACAGUUAGAACCCAAGAGGAAAAUCGCUGUUCUGAAAGGGGUCACUGCGAAAAUCGAUAAGAAACCGUAAAAAUAUCUGUUAGUGCACGGGUAACUGUGAGUAAGAACGAUACGAACAUGCAGCUCUGGCUACGAGUACUAGGCGUUGUACUGAGGAUACUCAAUGUGGUGCUAACGCCGUUCAUCAAAUUUGUCGGCGGACCCCGGCGAAAAACACCUUUCCCAGAAAUUCGCAACGAAAUGCUGGAAAUACCUGCCGUGGAUUUGGCCGAACGUAUCAGAAAUAAAGAGCUCCGUUCGGAAGAUGUGGUACGAGCGUACAUCGAGCGCAUACGAGAGGUGAAUCCCCUGAUCAAUGCCGUCGUGGAGGAGCGCUUUGCUGCCGCUAUCGAAGAUGCAAAAAAAGCUGAUGACAUGAUUGCCAAUAUGCAGGCCAUCUGGCUGAUUAAAACAUACCCACUGCUGGGUGUUCCGUUCACGGUGAAGGAAAGUUGUUCGCUUAAGGGUGCUCUGCUCACCGGAGGUUCACUGCCACGCCAAGGAAUCAAGGCAAACGCCGACGGUGAGGCCGUGGCACUUUUAAGAGCCGCAGGAUGUAUCCCACUGUUGGUGUCCAACACGCCGGAAUACUGUCUCAGCUGGGAGUGCUACAAUCACAUUACCGGACGAUCACUCAAUCCGUAUGACAAUCGACGGACAGCCGGUGGAUCGUCUGGUGGCGAAGGAGCACUAAUUGCUGCCGGAGCGUCAUUGUUUGGCGUUGGAAGCGAUGUAGCUGGAUCGAUUCGAUUGCCGGCGUUGUUCAAUGGAAUUUUCGGUCACAAGCCGACGGCUGGUGCCAUAUCAAUCAAAGGACAUUUCCCCUCGUCUUCCGAUGAAAAGUUUAGCAACUUUUUAACCGUUGGCCCCAUGUGUCGGUACGCAAAAGAUUUGCCAACUCUGGUGCACAUCAUGGCUGGUUCGCGAGCCUACAAAUUGCGGCUGGAUGAAACGGUCUACACCAAGGACAUCCGAAUUCACUACAUGGAGGACAUCGGAUUCAACCUUGGUUUCAUACCGGUCGACGAAGAGAUCAAAAUUGCGAUGUAUCGAGCGGUUCAGUUCUUCAAGGACCAUGGGCUGCAAACGGAGCGAGCCGAAUUCGACCACAUAAAUGAGAGCAUGGAAAUGGCCAUGUGUACGCUGCAGUCGCUUGAAGACGUUCCGAACAUUUUCGAUAAUAGAGAAAACCCUAAGGAGAAGCAUAAUUUACUGGCAGAACUGGGAAGGGCAAUGAUUGGAAAAUCGCAAUUUACGCUAGCAGCGGUUGUGUUUUACAUAUUGCUCAAUACAAAGCACUUGUUUAACCCCGAGGAACAUCAGAUUUAUCUGCAGAAGGCAGAAGAACUUAAAAAACAGAUCAUUGACACAUUGGGAACUGACGGAGUCCUGUUCCUACCAACGUUUCCCAAACCGGCCUUGCGGCAUUAUGAAUCAUUUUGUCACGUAACGGGUGUAACAUACACGAUGUUGUUCAACGCGUUAGGAUUUCCAGGAACACAUGUUCCACUGGGAUUCAACCGACAGGGUUUACCAAUCGGCAUUCAGGUUGUUGCUGCACCCUAUCAAGACCGUUUAGCCCUUUGCAUCGCACGAGAACUUGAAGCUGCAUUCGGUGGUUGGAAGGCUCCACACUAAGUUCACUUAAUUGUUACAUCUUCUGGAAGAGGGAAUUCGUCGUACGUUUGAGUAUCGACCAACCAGGGAACUAUUAUUUGUUUUGUAAAAUUGUGAUAUAAACUGAACCAAAAGCAUGAUCACUCUGUCAGUCGGAACUAGUGGCUGGUGUCGACAGGCUGAUUGAUUAAACAAUAUG